GAGGAAAAGGUUUCAAAGAGUAUAUAGCGCAAAAUUUAAGGUGGAGAGUUUUUAUCAAUAAUAAUAACAAUUGGCACAGUAGCACAGGGCGGCAUUCCCGAGGCUGUGAAACAGUACUUUGUGGUUACCUGAAUGAAAAACACGCAAUAUAAUGGCAGAGUACAAUUUCUACAAGACCGUCCCUAUAAUCCCCAGUACUGCAGGAAUACAAAAACCAAAUAAUCUAACCACAACAUGCUUUAAUAACACUUUGAAUGAUGGCACUCUCCGGGUUCCACUAGCCGUCUUCUACUCACUCUUCUUCCUGUUUGGAUCAGGAGGCAACAUGCUAGCCCUCUGGGUGUUCCUGCGAAUACAUUCCAAGAAGAAUUCAGUGCGCAUCUUCCUCAUCAACCUGGCUCUGGCGGAUUUGGUCCUCAUGACCUGUCUGCCCUUCCGUGUGGUUUACCAUGCCAAUAAUAACUGCUGGAACAUGCAUCCUGUGUUCUGCAGGGUAGUGGGCAAUGUUUUCUACAUGAACAUGUACGUAAGCAUUUUUCUGCUGGGGGUUAUUAGUAUAGAUCGUUAUGUGAAGCUGCAGAAGAUCUGGAGAAAGCAGAGGUUCCUCAGCAGGAAGCAGAGCAUUCUCACAUGUUGCCUCCUCUGGGUAACAACUGCUGUCUUCAUAACACCUCUAAUUGUCUUGGGUGAAGAUCAUACGUCAUCAGAAAAGUGUUUCGAGUACAAACACCUGCGGAAUGCCAAAUGGAAGGCUUACAUAAACAUUGCUGUUGUGUUUGCUUUCUGGGUGGUCUAUGGCACUCUUGUAACCUCUUAUGGGAAGAUAGCAAUGGGGUUGCUUCAGAUCUCUAAGGAGAAGCCAGACUUUCCAAAUGCAGCCAAGUACAGCAGAACAGCUCGGAAGUCCUUCUUUGUGCUCUUUCUCUUCACCUUGUGCUUUGUACCCUAUCACAUUGUGAGGAUCUUUUAUAUCUACUCACAGAUCACAGAUGUUUCGUGUCAGUGGAUUCAGUUAGUGGACAAGAUGAAUGAGUUAUCUCUGUUGUUGUCUGCAUUCAACAGCUGUCUGGAUCCAGUGAUGUACUUUGUGCUAUGCAGCUCAGUGCGCAGGACGGUACUGCAGAUACUGCAAAGAAACUUCUGUCAGAAGACUUCUGACUACAGCAGUUCGAGCUACGAUAAGGGAACAAACCAAAGGGAGCAGGCUACACAAAGCAAUACCAGCACGUUGUAAAGAAAGCCCAUUAACAUCAUUUACCCAAAUACAUGAAUGUAAAUACAUAAAAUGGCUAUUCCACUCUGUUCACUAUGCAGUUUGGAAAUCUGUUGUUAUUAUUCUAAAUAAGCAUCAUCAUUCAAAGUACAGUGAUACCUCGAGAUGCUCGUAUCUCAUAACAAUUUUCCCCGUUUAAAUGAAUUGAAAUCCCAUUAAUCCUUUCCAGAUCGCAAAAUUCCACUCCAGUUGUUUUGUUUAGGUG